GAGAGAGAGAGAGAGAGAUGAGCACGCUGAAGCUCGACUCGCUUUCUCCGGCUGAAACCGUGGAGAUAGAGAACGGCCUAUCCCUAGUGCCGCGGCUGAGGCUCAAUAUAACAGUGUAUCCAUCGAGCCAAGUUGUGAGCAAACCGAUUGACGAGUGGAAGAUGAAGCAAACCCUAAUUGACUUCAUGAAGAGCUCGCUUUCCGAUCCGAUUAUGGUUCCGGAGGAGGAUCUGAAGAUCCGAAGGGUGAAGGAUCUCAAGAAGCGGAAGCGGGACGACCCUGUGGCUUCUGGAACCAUCUUCAUUAGGGACCUAGGGUUUCUGAGGAAGAAGAGCAGGAAGGAUGAGGAUGAGGAGAGGAGCGUUGAGGAGGUGGAGAAGAAGUUUAGGGAUUGGAGGAGGUACAUUGUGGAGAAGAUGGAUGGGAUUGAGCUUAAUCUUGAAGGGGUCAAGUUCAAGCUAAACGUCGCCGUUCCGGAGUCGGAUGAUUUUAAUGGGAUGAAGAAGGGCUGGGAGGAGUUUCACGCUUUCGGAAAUAGAGGGUUUUCGAAGAAGCAAGAGACUGAUACUAUAAUUCUGAGGGGAGUUCCUUCACGGUGGUUCGCAGAGCCGCGGGUUUCGUCAAAGCCUUCAAUGCUGGUUACACAUACCAUCUUUUCGACAUUUGGGAAGAUAAGGAAUCUUAAUGUUGCCGAGGACGAUGAUCCAGGUAAGGAUGCGAAUGAGGAUGGUGGGGACUUGGUUUCAGGUCUCCAUUGUAAGAUUGUGGUUCAAUUCGAGAAACACAAGGACUUCUACAAUACUUUCAAAUCGUUUUGUGGCCGCUCAUUGCAGAAGGAAGGAUCUAAGAUGAAGGCUGAUUAUGAGGUUGCUUGGGACAAAGAUGGAUUCUUCCUAAACUUGAGAAAUCAAACACAAGAAAACAGUAGUAGGGCACGAGAAACCACUACAUAUCCCAGGCAGCAGCAACACUUUUCUCGGUUUAGUGCCAAUGAAGCUCCCAGAAAGAGGUUUAAGGUCAGAAACUCAAUAGCUAACUACACAAUUUGAUGCUUGAAAAGAGUUUCUGUAUAUCCUGAGGGAUUGAUGUAGAAUUGGUUCUUAGUUUGAAUUCUACCAUGUUUUCUCGCUUUGCUUGAAAACAACUCAAAUCAGCUAGCACGUGUUAUCUUCAUGCUAUACAUCUGAUCUCUGCACAUGAUUCCAUAAAUGAUUUUGUUUGAUUGCAGGAAUAGAAGUUGCAGUCUGAAUAUCUCUACUGGAGCUGGGAGAUUGAAGUGUCUUAAUCUGAUACAAGACAUUGUAUGACAGCAGAGAGCCAAAGACUACUGCUCUUG